AUGUGCUUUACCAUUUUAAUUAUUUUAGUCGUUGUUUCCACGCCGAUUUCGGCCAACAUACUUUGUGACAAACACAACCAAUCUCCACAGAUACCUAAAUACCAUUUAAUGGAGAAAUGCCACCGAUCCAAGCUCGGCAUUGCAGCUAAGGCUAACUUUGCAUCCCUAUCUAGUUGCCAGAGACUUGGCAUCGCUAAAAAAGCUUUAGCACUGAAUUUUAGCCCACCCGACGCUGCUAUAGAAGGUGCGGAGCCUUUGGAAUACACAUGUGAGGUUCUGAAGUGUGCUGAAGUCGACGGGGGACUGUCUUUGGUCAAUGACUCGAGAUAUGAUUAUUACAGUAUUUAUGCUAAACCAAUACCCCACGUAAAUGCAACAUGCGUGCCAGCAUCAGGAAUGUUCCGAUUGCUACAGAAAAGGCUAAACUUCACCCAAGCGGUGGUGGAGUGUCGGAACAUGAGCGGAGUGCUUCCAGACGUGACGAGCGAGCAGCGAACCGAUGCGCUGGCGCAGGUGCUGGCCGGAGCGGGCGUCGACGCUGCGUUCGUCGGUUUGAGAAGGAAUAACAGGAGCAGUUUCCAUGGUAUUAAUGGUGGGCAUCUUGACUGCACCUCUUAUCGCGCGUGGGCUCCUGGCCAUCCAAGAAGAUACGCUGACAAGUUUGACUGCGUUGUCAUCACAAAGCAUCGCAUGUGGCAAUCAGUUUCUUGUAAAAAUGAACAACCGGUUUUAUGCGAACUCCUCCCAAAUGGACCAUACAAAAGAGGAUCUAUUUUUACCUCAACAAAAGUAGAACAAAACAACUAUACUAACAAUGACGUGUAA